UAUUAAGUAACGAGUUAAAAGUUAGAUCAAGUUUCACGUAUUAGGAGAAUGAUAUUGUAGAUUGUAAGACCACGGUUAUAUAUAUAUUAUUAUUUCGAGUAUUAUUAAAAAUCCGAUUCUAAGUUCGAUUCUUUGCAGCUCUUCAAAGAACGCCCUUUCUGCCCCAGCUUGGUAAACACUGCACUGUGCGCUCCUAACCUGAUCCACUUUUUGUUCUAAAAUGCCAGUAUACCGUGCUAAGGACGGAGUAUUACAACUUCCAGAUUCCAGUGAAGAAUGGAAGGAAGGCUUUACUUUCAUCCAAGCAGCAGACUGUCAACUGGGCAUGACGUGGUCCUGUCGAGGGGCUGGGGGGUACGGUGAAAAUAACGGCUACCAGGAUAACCCAGAAUAUGAGAAUUCAACCUGGAACCAUGAGAUUAGGUGGUGUAACUCAUUUGUUAGCAUGGUAAACAAGAUGGAGAUAAAGCCAAAGUUCGCAAUCAUGUGUGGGGAUAUUUUGGAUGCUUGGCCCAAUAACGGCGAGGUGGCUCUCAGAGUUCGUGACAAACAGUAUGUUGAUUUUCAGAAGAUCUUUAAAGAGCUGGACAUUCCUUUAGUUUGUGUUUGUGGGAAUCACGAUGUUGGCAACUCGCCAACCGAGGAAACUGUUGACAAAUACAGAUCAGAUUUCGGGGAUGACUGGUUUAGUUUCGUGUGUAACGGAGUGUUUUGUAUUGUCAUUAAUUCCCAAUACUAUCACGAUCCCCAAUUCGUCCCGGAAAUAGCUGCUGAACAUGAUUCUUGGCUUGAUGAGCAGUUGAAAAUUGCUGAAUCAGGAAAAUACAAACAUUCUAUUCUGUUCCAGCAUAUUCCCUGGUUUCUUAAUGCCCCUGACGAGCCUAAAGUUUACUACAAUUUCCCUCAGCCUUUUCGCGAGAACAUGCUGAAAAGGCUGUCUGAUGCUGGUAUCUCGAAGAUAUUCUGUGGGCACUAUCACAGGAAUGCAGGAGGUUGGUACAAUGAUAAAAUGGAGCUGAUUGUGACGUCAGCAAUAGGACUCCAACAAGGAACGGAUAGAAAUGGUUUCAGAGUAGUUUCUGUAGCAGAGAAAAGUAUAAGUCACGAAUAUGUUGAACUUGACAACAUUGAUGAGUGAAGAAUUAUGGUGUAAUUCAUUUUUCGUUGAUUUGAGCCCUUUUUUAUAAAUGUAGUAGGUAUCUGGUAUAGCACCUACUUUACUUACAAAUGUUUAUUGUUUAGUCUUUAAAUUAUUUCAUUUGUGAGUACACGACAGUUUUUAUUCGACAUAUUUUAUGAAAUUAUGAUUUUUCCAACAUUUUGAACCUA